UUUCUCAACAGGAAUCGCGUCGCGCUCCGGUCCCGUUUGAGGACGCCGCGGCGAAAGUUUCCCCGACGGAGCUGCACCGGGAACCUCCAGCCGUCGGCGAAUUCGUCCGAGGCGCCACGACGGACGGUGCCGGUGGAUACAGAAAGGAAGCCCCUCCCCAGCGACCACCAUCUCGUUUCCGCCUGAACUGAAUGCGUUCAGCAGCGCAGCAACAUUGAAACUGAAAGCGGUUUGAAUCAGGAAGUGCUGAGGGUGAACAUGGAUCCCAGGCAGCAGGCCCACUGUUUGGCCGAGGAGGUCAUUUGUCCCAUUUGUCUGGAUUUCUUCACCGACCCGGUUAUACUGGAGUGUGGACACAACUUCUGCCGCUCCUGCAUCACUCAGAGUUGGGAAAAGCGGGAGAUAAACUCCUGCCCGGAAUGUAGACAGGAGUUUCCGGCAAGUAAUCUCAGGGUAAAUCGGGCUUUAGCGAAUCUGGCCGAGAAAGCUCGACAAUUAAAGCUGAAUCCACAAGAGAAGGAAAGUAAACCUCACUGUGAGGAACAUCAGGAAGAACUGAAGCUGUUCUGUGAAACUGACAAGAAAUUGAUCCGUCUGAUUUGUAGAGAUUCCCGGGAACACAAAUCCCACAACUUUAUUGCUGUUGGAAUUUACAAGAUUCUCUCGCUGAGAAGAAAUCGGAGGCGAGACAAAUGGAGGGGCAGCAGAAACAAGAUUUCCCAAAUUCAGGAGGAAUCCAGAAAUCUUCAGACCCAUAUCACAUCCGAAUUUGCUCAAAUGCACCAGAUUCUCACUGAGAAAGAGCAGCAUUUACUCCGAGAUCUCAGGGAACAAGAGGAAAACAUUCUGAAACCAAUGGAGGAAAAGGAGGAAGCGUCUCGGAUAAGGAGUAUCAGCGAUGAGAUUGGUCGUACACUGUCGCCAACAGAUGGAGUCCAGUCUGCCAAAAAAGCCAACAACCUUUUACCAUUUCCAGUGUGGACAGAAGUGGUGGAGGCCGUGAAACCGAAUAAAGUCUCUGUGACCCUGGAUGUGGAAACAGCGAAUCCCCGGCUCGAGGUGUCUGAGGAUCUGAAGAGUUUGAGGCGGACCAGGACCCGAAGGGAUCUCCCUGACACCGGGAAGAGGUUUACAUACUGGCCCUGUGCCCUGGGAUCAGAGGGAUUCACAUCGGGGAGACAUUACUGGGAGGUGGAGGUGGUGGGGAAUCGGCGCUGGAGUCUGGGAGUAGCCUCAGAGUCUGUGGAGAGGGAGAGAGGGGUCAGACUGAUCCCUGAGAAUGGAUUCUGGAUCAUAGGGCGGAAAUGGGAUCAGUUUUAUAUAAACAACACUCAAUCCCCUCUCCCUGUCGGUGAGUUCCCCGGGAAAGUGGGAGUUUAUCUCAGUUAUGAGUCUGGGACAGUUUCAUUUUACAACGCGGACACCAAGUCCCAUCUCCACACCUUCACUGGGAAUAAAUUCACUGGGAAACUUUAUCCUUUCUUCUGGAGUUGGGAUUUCGACCAGUUUCUGGGAAUCUGCACCGAAGGGGCGGGGCCUCAGGGUCUCCCUGACCUCACAAUGACUUGACCCCGGGAUUAGGGUCAGGGUCAGGGGUUAAGGUCAGAAACCUCCAUUGACAGCAGGUUGUUACUCAAUGUGUCCUUGACUUUCGAGAUUGUAUUUUGUAAAAUCACAACCAGAUUGUAAAUAAUUCAGAUACAGAUAUAAACGUCUGUUGACUAAA